CUUGUUUACAUCAUGGCUGCCUAAAACAGUUUUUGAAAAAGAUUUAUAUUGUAAUCUCCUUUUCUUCAUAUAUCUUCAUGUGCAGUACUUUGAAAAGUUAUCGAAUACUACAUUUAGUGUUAAAAUCAUUCAGCAUAGUAAUUUUUUGAAAGAAGUGAUAGAUUUAGAUAAAUCCAGCCAGCCAUGUCUACCUUAGAUUUAAGUGAACCAGAAUUGCCACCCGAUUCACCUGGAAGUUCGGUUUCCACCAGACUUAUGGAUGAGUAUGAGGAAUUGCUGAAGUAUGCUGUUGUUGUACCAAAGUAUGAUCAGAGCCGAUUACCUAAAACACUAACGGACAUAAGAGAGUCUUUCCCUCAAAAUAGACCUGAACCCAGACAGGAAUCCAUAGUAACAGUUACUAGGGAGAGACAAACAGAUUCUAGUUCCAAUCCUAUCGUUGUCAAGGUAACCAGAGAAACAGGAUUACCAGAUUUUGGAGGUCAGAGUCCUAUAGGAAGUAAACACGAGGAUGACAGACUGAAUGAUGAUACAGGGAGUGUUGAAGAAUUCCUUACCAGAGACAAAGGAAAACAGAAAACACAGAAGUUCUCAGCACCAAAAUUUUUGUCCCGUGUGACAGAUGGACUUGAUAAGGAAACCAGUCGGAUGUCUCAGAAAGAAACCAGUCAUCUAUCUCAUAAAGAGAUUGAGAUAGAGGAGUCAGAAUAUAACUUUACAGCAACAGUGGACCAAGAUGUAACUAAGAUGGAAAAUCUCAUGGACCAUUGGUGUUUAGACCUGAAAAGAAAUGUCAUGGCAGAAUUCAGUCAAUCCAAAAUCAGAAUUGUGGAACAUGGAAGACAACAGCUAGUCAGAGAACAAGAAAAACAUGCCGCAGAAAAGAAUCAAAUUCUGAAUGAAAUGGAGAGUCUGAAGGAACUAUUACACACCUAUGAACAGUCACUGGAGCGUAAAGAUCAGGUCAUAUCAAACCUGACACAUGCCAUGCAGAAACAGAGAGAAAAGAUUGAAAUGCUGAAAAAAUUUAAUGAAUGGAAAGUUAAACACAUAGACAGGAAAAGGGAGAUUUUUGCUGGUAAACUAGCAGAAAAACAUUAUGAGAGAAAACUGUCGCAGAAAAUAUGGGAUUCUUGGCAUUCAGUGAUUGUUGAUAAGUGGCGCCAGCGAGUGGAGAAAGCCUGUCAAGCCAAGGCACAGGAAGUCUGCAUCAACCUGACAAAUGAAUAUGAGACUAAAGUCAAAUCUUUGACAGAAGCAUUAGAGGAAGCCAGGACUGAAGUGUCAAAGUUACACAAGGAAAGGGAUCGUUAUGAAGAAACCAUGAAAAAAGCAUUCAUGAGAGGAGUUUGUGCCCUCAACCUUGAAGCUAUGACCAUGUUUCAACCUCAAGAUGACCAGAAACCAGAACAAGGUCAAGGAGGUCACAUGUCUUCUGAUUUCUCAGACAAUCUUAACAGUAGUAUACCAGAGAAAGAUUAUAGUGCUCCAAAAACAAUCCCACAGGAACCAAUAUACACAACAGAUCCCAGGAAUGACCUGGUACCACCAAAAAUAAUCACCAGUCAGGGAGCCAGACCUUCAUCAGCUACUAGUGUCAGAUCUAAAGCAUCAGUAUGCAGUAAGACUAGUACAACAUCCUCCAGUAAAGGGAAAGUGUUGUCUACCAGAAUUACAGCUAAGACUGACUCUGGCCGUACUACAUCUAGUUUGGGCAGAAAUCCUACCCUGGACCCUCCAAUGAGUUCUGUUAUUGUAGAAAGACACCCUCCAGUCAAUAAGGAAACAAUUGGACAGGCAACAGCAGGAAGACAUCCCCGACAAACAUCAACUAUAGAAAACUAUCCACAGACAGGAAUCAUUCAUCGGCGGAUUGCCGGACAAUCUGGUUCAGUGACGAUAUCACCCAAUAUACAAACUGUUAAAGUUGUCGACUGAUAUGCAUUCAGUUAUAGCAUUUAUGUAUAUUUAUGUUUUACGAACAAGACUGUUAUGACGGUAAACAAGAAAAUGAACACACUAGAAAUAAACAUCAUUUCUCUUUAUUUAAAGCUCAAAAACUUGGGUUUUUUUUUUGGAAUUUAAGAUUCAAGAAGAAAUGGAUAAAUAAUCAGCAAAGAAAAACUUUGGUUGUUUACAUCUUUGUCAUUUGGUCUUAAGUGGAUAGUUAUUGUAUUGGCAAUCAUACCACAUCUUCUUAUUUUUAAACAAAUAUGAAGAUUUUUACUUCAUCACAAGAAGGUGAUGGUUAGAUUUUGACAAGAUAAUUUCCUUCCUUGCUGGAAAUGUAUGUAUGUUUAGUUUCGAAUCCACUCAUUCUCAGUUUGUAUUAUCUUCAGCAGUGGUCAGUUUCACAAGACAUCUUACGACUAAAGCUGAUAAUAAGUAUACUAUUGUUCAUGACUUACGAUCAACUUUAGUUGUAAGUUUUUUGUGAAACUGAUUACUGGUAACAAUAAAUCUGUGUAGGUCGGUGUGGUCAAACUGUACAAAUAAGCUUUUAAAACAAUUUUAUAGCUAUAAAGAAAACGACUGUGAUAUUUAUUUUAUUUUAUAUAUUGAUUUUAAUGUAUUUGUGAAAUUUCUCUAAAUCAUACGUAACUAUAAUCAGUGCUGAUAAUUUCAUAAUCUUGAAUGUUUAUUAAUUGAAAGUACAAUUAAUAAUCUGCUCCAAGUGAUAUGAAAAAUUAAAAGAUAUAGGGUUGACAUAGACAGCAAACCAACAAUGACAAUGUUGUACAUCUGUCUUCAGAAUUUCCAACUUGUAUUUACACGUGUUCUCUUUCAUUAAAGGUACGUAUAGAGAGAUUUCACUAUAUUUUAUUAACAAUUUCAUUUUUAACAUAUUUUUGCAAAUGUAUGUCGUGUUAAAAGUUGUAUCAACAUUAAAACGCAUUUUUAACAUUUUA